CGCCGCCGGCUUCGCCUCAUCCUGCUCAUCAGCUUCGCCCUCCUCGUCCUGGUGGCCUGCGUCCUGGUGGCGGGAGUCUUGUGGUGGCGGAGCCAGCGCCAGCAGCCGCCCGAGCCUUUGCACUGGCAGGGUGCUGGCACCACGGACAGUAUCUCCGAGAUCGUCCUGGGGAGAUGCUUCACCUACACGCGGGUGAAGCGACCUGAGCUGCGAGAUAAGAACUGCCCUGCGAUAUGGAAUGCCUUCAAAGCUGCAUUCCUCUUCAAGGACCAGUGCAACAUUACAGAAGAAGACUACCAACCCUUGCAGUACUUGGCCAAUCAAACCUUACCUUGCAACAAGUUCCUCUAUUGGAGCAAGGCGUAUACCCUGGUCCACCAGUACACAAAGGUCCAGCAGGAAAUGUUCACCCUGGAGGACACACUGCUGGGCUACAUGGCUGAUGGACUCGACUGGUGUGGAGAUCCGGGCACUUCUGAAAUGAACCACAAGUCGUGCCCACACUGGAGAAAAGACUGUGGCAACAACCCCAAGUCCGUCUUCUGGAAGAUGGCUUCCAAGUGGUUUGCAGAUGCUGCCUGUGGUGUGGUGCAUGUGAUGCUCAAUGGGUCCCUCGGUAAACCAGCCUUUCAACAAACCAGCACUUUUGGAAGCGUGGAAGUCCACAAUUUGCACCCAGAUAGAGUUCCUCUACUUGAAGCCUGGGUGAUGCAUGACAUCGGAGGAAAUUUCAGCGAUUCAUGCUCAGGUUCCUCCAUAAAUGAGCUGCGUUCACUUUUAAACAAAAGGAAGAUACAUUUGAUGUGCCAGGACGACUACAAGCCUGUCAGGUUGGUCCAAUGCGUGAGCCACAGUGAGCAUUCUUCUUGUAGUCUUACCAAGUGAGCCUGUCAGCCUAGGGGGCUUCAGCUCUUGGACCCCUCGAAGAGACCAACAUGUGGGGAGCUGAAGAUGUUGGAGGGUCUUCCGUGGUAGCAGCAACACAGAGGAUGGAAGUCUUUCUUGGAGAUCUUUGGGUCAUGUGGUAUUGGCAUCUGUCUUCUUUUGUUUGCCUAAUAGAAAAUGCGAGAUUGUGUAAUUUGUGUGAAAUGAAAUUAAAAUUUUAUAUUAAAUGA